CACAGAAUAGACGCACACAGACAUCCAUGCCUCAAGUGGGAUUCGAACAUACGAUCCCGAUGUUUGAGAGGCCGAAGGCAUUUCAUGCCUUAGAGAGCGCGGCAACUGUGAUCGACCCUAUCUUUCAUACUCAGGCAUGUUAUGUAUGCUGAAGCAGUGAGUGGCGCACAAGAUGACGACUAACUGCACGAACACGUGGGAGAGCAACGCGACGCGCUCGUUGUACCUGAACGUGACUUGCGAGUUGCCCAUCCGCUACGCGCAGCCCAUGUACGGCUACGUGGUACCCUUCCUGCUGGUGGUCACCAUCAUCGCCAACACGCUGAUCGUGGUGGUGCUGUCCAAACGCCACAUGCGCACUCCCACCAACGCCGUGCUCAUGGCCAUGGCCCUCUCCGACAUGUUCACGCUGCUCUUUCCUGCUCCCUGGCUCUUCUAUAUGUACACUUUCGGUAAUCACUACAAGCCACUGUCUCCUGUAGGUGCCUGCUACGCAUGGAACAUCAUGAACGAGGUGAUCCCUGCCAUGUUCCACACGGCGUCCAUCUGGCUCACCCUGGCACUCGCAGUGCAGAGGUACAUAUAUGUGUGUCAUGCACCGAUGGCACGCACUUGGUGUACUAUGCCCCGGGUGCUGAAAUGUGUGGGCAUUAUUGCUCUGCUGGCCAUGUUGCAUCAGUCCACCCGCUUCGUGGACCGGGUCUACGAACCACUGGAAGUGCUGUGGGACGGCGAUGAGAAAGUGACGGUGUGCCAACACAACUGGGCUGACUGGGUUAUCUACAUCAACCUUGACGUGUACUUCACACUAUACUACUGCUUCCGCGUGGUGUUCGUGCACGCUGUGCCCUGCGUGUCGCUGGUUGUGCUGAAUGUUCUGCUCUUCCGUGCCAUGCGAGAGGCACAAAUCAAGCGCGAGAAACUGUUCAAGGAGAACCGCAAGAACGAGUGCAAGCGACUCCGGGACUCAAACUGCACAACCCUCAUGCUCAUUGUCGUGGUGACAGUCUUCCUCCUAGUGGAAAUCCCACUUGCUGUUGUCACUGUGCUUCACAUAAUCUCGAGCAGCGUCACAGAGAUCCUGGAUUAUUCCAUUGCUAAUGUGCUCAUCCUUUUCACCAAUUUCUUCAUUAUCGUUAGCUACCCCAUCAACUUUGCAAUCUACUGUGGCAUGUCUCGACAGUUCAGAGAGACUUUCAAGGAGCUCUUUGUGCGCGGGACUGUCACUGCUCGCAAGAACGGGGGUAGCUCCAGAUACUCCCUUGUCAAUGGCCCUCGGACCUGCACCAACGAGACUGUGCUAUAAUGCUUUGUGUGAAACAUACGCUUCCGCUUGUGCACCCCUCAUUGAAUUGUGUUUGGUGCUACAUUGAUGAAAAGUAACUGUUUGGUGGAGGGAGACAGCAUCUCAAAACAGUCAUCACAUCACUUUAAUUUACCAUCACACCGUGAUCAGUAACUCAGUGGUUGAGAUGGCUUGUCAGAAUCUCAAAUGGGAAAGCAACUUUCUCAUGGUGACUUAAGCAAAACACAUACUUUCUAUGAUGUUUUAAUUGACUAAAGAGCGUGUUCUGUCACUGUAAGGUCCUUGACUUCAGCAUGGUUUGUGUCAGGGUUAUCAUUUCAUAUCAAGGAAAAAAAGGGUGAACUUUUGUUAUUUCUUACACAUGAAAAUAAACAGUGCUAGUGUAUUGUAAUUUUAUCACAACGUACCACAGCAGAUCCUAUGCUGAAAGAAAAUACUUCUUACAAAAAUAAAGACAAAGCUGACACAUAUGACAUCAGAAUACAAAUGUUAUGUCCUUUGGGAGCUAUGACUGUAUGCCUAACGACAAGUUUUUAUAUAUGAAGAUCUGACAAACUUCAUCUAAAAGGCAUUCAUUGAACAUAGUUCCAAUAUAUGUCAACAUAAUCAAUGAGGAAUUUGAUGUAUUAGAAGAUAAUAUUUUGUUGGUCUGCUGUAGCUGUGAGAACAAAGACUUACAUGCAGCUUGAUAUUGUGGUGUUCUUUUUGCAUUUUGGUAGGACUAAUAUGAGCCUACAAAUGCUCAGACCGGGAAAAACAUUUCAACAUCAAAUUCUAUCUCUGUUUUGUCCCACUGAUUGGACAAUGACAUCUUUGUGACCUGUGUCAGAAAUGGUUGCAAUCACCAACUUUCCGCCUGCCCUCAUCUCCACAUGCAUUCAGAACUCUUUUUUUGAAUAUCAUCGUUCUCAGCAUGAAGAAAGGCGUAUUUGCAUGUAAAACAAACAGCCAUAAAUCAGAAACAGAAUUACCUGUAUAUGAUGUGACUAGCUCCUCAUUAAUCAAACUUUUCAAUGUUUAUUUUGUCAUAACACUUCAGGGAUGGUAGUCAUAAUAUUAUUAGAGGAAGAAAAUGUUGUACAUUAUGAAAAAUAACUUAGUUUCAUCUUAACCUCUAAUUUGCAAUUUAAUUAUUUUAUUACUUGCUAACAUCACAAGGCAACAGUAUGUUUUCCUCUCUACCAUGCAAUAACUUAUGAACCAGCGCUGCUACCGUAAGACAUGUAUCACUAAUUUCUUGCUUUAGUUUCUUCCACAAAGAGGAAGCAGUGGCAAUUCAGUCUUUUGAGGUCUUCUGACUUGGAAGCAAAAUUAUUUUUUAUCAGAUUUGUAGGUCAUGCUUCCCCCUCUCCUCCCCUCCCCUCUUCCACUCCUUAUCCUAUUAUUAUUAUUAUUAUUAUUAUUAUUACUACUACUACUACUACUACUACUAUUUAUAAUCACAAGCAUCAUCAUCAAAUAAGUGAGUAUCAGCUCCUUAAUGAGUACUUUGCUGCACUGACUUAAUUUCUGUAAUCCCUCUUAACCAGUAACAAAAUGUCUUAGUGUCCCAUCACUUAACAAUGCUACAUCAGUUAGGAAAUGUAUGCAUAGUGUAAAGUAGAGUAAAGGUAUCCCUGUAACAGGCCGUGAAGGCCCAUAGGGUUGU